AUGUCGGCAUCGGAAAGCAGCAGCAAGAUCCAGGACGAGUUGGCAAUGUUGUUUGACCGCCAGAUGUCCAUGACGAUGGCACCUACUCCAACCCCUCCCCGUAACGAUAACUACGAAGCUAUCCCGGUAGCCCCCCAACCGAUAUCCCAACCGAACCUCUCCUAUAGCAUCACCCAGCACUACAACCAUUCAGCGCACGUAGCUUCAUCGGCACCCACUGCCUCGAACAUGCAAGCAAACAACCAGGCAGAUUCGAUGGCGCUGAUGGUGCAGGAUAUCCAUGCCGUUCUCCAUGCGGACGCUGCGCAGCAAAAGCGGUUGAUACAGACUUGGCAGUUUUAUAGCACGCCGCAAUCAUCUACAUCCCUGGAUCUUGAAAUGAAUGACGACUCAAUGGCGGAGUUUGUGGAAUAUCAUGGCGAACAUGCGGAGCCCUACAUGACUUCCGGUUAUGGAGUGGAAGCAGUGGAAGCGCAGAAUACUACCACGCCUACUCCCGCCGUGGAGCCAUCGACCGGAAAGCCCUACGACUCGUCUACAGAUCCGGUAUACAGAGGGGCACAGGAGUGGUGGGAGAUGCCGCAGACUAGUUCCAUGGAGUCGCAGUAUGGGUUGUAUGAAGAGAGAAGUCGGCAUUACUCGAACUCGAACUCGACAUGGCAACCACAACGGUGUUUCCACUGA